UCUGUUCCUUUGCUGCAGUAUUUGUUCCUGUCAUUUUUCUUAGUCCCAGACAGGAAGUCUAACAUGCCGAUUAAGGCCCUUCCCUGGAUAUCAGCUAAAUGGUUGUGGUCAAGUUGUUAGAAUUUCCUUCACUUUCUGUUUGUUGGUACUUGUCUCUUAUAGGUUUAAAUGUUUCCUUUAAGUGUAGAAGUGUCACUUAAAGGCUAAUUGUAACAUUUUUGUUGUUUUUCUUUUUUUUUAAAUGAUUGUUUUCUCUGAAUGCAGCUUCUGCAGUAACAGUACAUGUUAAAAGUCUGAAAAUGUACAGAAGAAUAAUCCAACCAGGAGACUGAUGAUUUAUGAUCAAUGAGCUUAAUAUUUUACUGUGUACACAAAAGGUCACUGCUGACAGACUGCUUUGAUGGAUUACAGGUCGCAUAAAUUAUGCAAAAGAGAAAAAGUUAUUGGCUGUUGUCUGUUGCCCUGAUGUGUCUACAGCUGCUUCCCUUCCUCUUUUUUAUUUGCUCUCUCAUUUCUCUUUUAGAGCACCGCUGAAAGAAAGAAACGAAAUUUUUUUCAUGACACUGCUACUUUCAAUGAAGAACCUCUAACGAGGUACUUAUCCUGAGUCUCAUGGGAAAAUCAAAGUAACACUAGAAGUGUGUUGCUUGUUAAAACUUUCACAAACUUCACAUGUGGGACAAUGGUAGCCCUCUGAAUUUGAUCCAACUGAGGAAGAUUUAUUGCGUCUUCCAGUGUCAAACCUUUAUCCCUAUUGUCUUUGAUACAGUAAACUGCCAUUCACCUUACACAAACAGGAAACCUGUUUUUGAUCUGAUAAUAUACGCUGCUGGGCGUGCUAGUUCUCAUGUAUCUCUGUGUGUUUGUGGGCAACAGAGACACUUCCUGCAGGUUAGACAGCUGCUCUGUUACUGCACAGUACUGCUUGUUUUUUUAGAGGCACGCAUUGUUGAACACUUCUGAAUUUGCUUAUUUUAUCUACAACGGUCAAAAUGAAAGUGGCAGCCUUCAAUGUGAGGAACUUGGGACAUCAGAAAGUCAAAAACAAAUUAGUUUCCCAGUAUCUUACUGAGAUUAUUUCUCAAUACAGCUUGAUUGUGAUAUUGGAGGUGGUAGACAAAAGUGGCAAAGCCAUGGAGAUGUUACUGAAAAAACUCAAUUGUACUGCUGAUCAUCCCUAUGAAAUGAUCUGCAGCACCAGUCUGGGCAGAAACACCUACAAGGAGCAGUUUGUUUGUUUCUACAGAGCAGACGAGGUCAAGCUUACAGCUCAAUAUCAGUAUGAAGAUAAUCAGUUUGGAGAUGAAGAUGCCUUCGCCAGAGAGCCCUUCAUCCUGCGCUUCCUCUGUCCUUCCACGGUUGUAGAAGACCUAGUCCUGAUUCCGGUCCACACCAAGCCAGAGGACUCACUAAAGGAACUUGAUGAGCUUUAUGAUGUGGUCCAAGCUGUCAUACAGAAGUGGGAAACUAAUAACAUCAUGAUAUUGGGAGACUUCAAUGCAGAUGGGCGAUAUCUGUCCAAGAAGAAGAAGAAAUCAAUUCGCAUAUCCUCUGAUCGCUUCUAUUGGCUGAUAGAUGAUGAUGUUGACACAACGACUAGUAACAAAAAUGACAACACAUAUGAUAGGAUUGUGGUGUAUGGAGAAGAAAUGCUGGAUUACAUCGUUCCCGACUCAGCAAAGUCUUUCAACUUUCAGGAGACAUUUGGGUUGACUGAUGAAGAAGCUAAAGACAUCAGUGAUCAUUAUCCUGUGGAGGUAGAGCUGAAGACUGUCCAAACGUCAGCAAAACAAAAGAAGGAUUUGCCCCAAAAAAGUAGAGCAUCCGCUAAAGGAAAAACUCCACAGAAAGAAAAGCAGAAGACGACCAAGGCGUCAGAAUCCAAGAAUAAGAAUUCAGCAGCGAAGAGGAGAGAAGAGCGACCAGGUGCAUCCAAAACUCCAACAAAAAGAAGACGUUGAGCUACUUUAAUUAAUCAUUACCUAAUGCAUUGUUUAUAGGCCUUGUGUCUGGUAAAGAAAGGAUUAAAUCUAUGCUUAUUUAGCAUAAAUUUAAAUUCCUAGCCUCAGAAGAAACUACAUACAUUAAAUAAAAUGUUUUUUUGAGAUUACCUUUGGAGAUAGAGUUAUGUUUUACUUUAACUUAAUAAAAAGGUGCUAUUCGGUCA